AUGAAUGAUAUUCGGUUCGUCGACGUCGACGGAUCAAAAAGGUAUAAAUACUACCCCGAUUUACUCAGAAAAUCAUUAUUGACAAUGGACGCUUUUAUUACGAAAACUACUACUACUAGCGAUUUAUUGGCGAAUUUCAAUGCUAUUAAUAAUACGAAAGCUUUUGCUAGCUUCAAAGAUUUCCCAGCUGGGACAGUUUUUACCGUAAUACAGUUCUUCCGAUGCAAGACAAAGCUCGGUAGUUCUGUUGUGGUCGAAACAGAAGAGCAUUAUCUCCACUUGCCCGAACGAUACCAAGUGUUAUUCGCGAGGGAUAAAGAUCUACAAAAGUGGAAUGAAAUGGAAAAUUUAAAACUCGUAUACACCGGUCUACAAGGCCGACGUAUCGUUUUGAAUUUUGAACCAGAAGAAUAUUUUGAAGUUGUCAAAGCGUCGUUGGACUCGUACCAUCCAAAUUGUUCCAGUAGAAUUGCCGAAGCUACCCAACAAUUGGAUCGUUUAAUUAAAACUGAAGCCGGUCGAAAGCACAUCACUAAAUUAUUCCUAUUAUGCACCGAAUUACAAGACGAAUUAAGUGUAAUAGCGUCAUUCUUCCGUAAGAUGGCAAAUCAGGUCUCCUACACUGUCCAAAACGAUAAAGGUCAUCGAAAAACGAACAAUGAAAUACCACCCAGGAGAUCGAUUGAGUAUCUGUGCGAUAUUAUGACUUAUCCCAAUGCCUCAGCACUUGACCUAUACGCUGCUGUCUUUAUAGUAAAUUUAGUACAAUACGGUUGGACUUGCCUACAUCACGAUGACGAGUUUCUCAUCGAAGCGUAUAAGAAAACAGACAUCGAUACCAUUCUCGAGGGAAGUGGGGAAAGGCAGUGGUUUUAUCAAACGUGUACAGAAUUUGGUUACUAUCAACGUUUGAGCACGACCUCGGAUAUAUUUGGAAUUCACUUACUUACAGAACAAGACGUGAAACUGUGCGAGAAAGUAUUUGGUCCAGAAUUCAAUGAAACACGACUGAAAAAUGGUAUUUAUCGGACAAAUACUAUUUAUGGAGGAAUGCAAGUAAACGUCGGAAACAUCAUAUUCGUACAUGGAUCCAAAGAUCCAUGGCAUCCUCUUGGAAUAACUCGAGUUGAAAGCGAAAAUUCUCCUUACGAGGUCGUAUUUAUCAAUGGUAUGAUUAAUAAUAUUCGCCAACUCGAUCACUGA